AGGUUAUAGCGAAAGUGUACAAACCGUAAAUCAUCGCUAUAUAAGAAUAACUCUGCUAUCUUAAGUGAGGCGUUAUGCGAGUGAGAAUAUGGCGCUGUCUGAGUACUUAAUCGAAUACGGAUCAGUACUUGCGAGAAUCGUUCGCCAUCAACAGUGGUAUACCCAGUGAGGCGGCUGAUGUUACGGAUUAGUCCGGGAGGGGCGUCGAGUAAGCUGGGUAAACUAGCAGAAACUUGAGGUGCUACGUACUGCGCUGGAACAUCAGCCACCCACCCAUAUAUGAAUUCCUUUCGUGGGGAAAGGAGGCUCAACGAUUCCGCGAAGCUACAAAGGCCAUUUGGUGACGCUAUUCUGUCAAUCAAAUGCAAUGUCGGCGACUGAUGGCUUUGAUGCACUUGACAACAUAUUAUUCACAGAAUGCCGGUGCCAUAAAAAAGCACCCUACUUAUUGAUGAUUCCACUAGACCAAAAUGGUGACCCUGCUUGGAAUCAUCCUCAACACAUUUAUCGAGCAGCGAUAUGCAGAGAACUUCAGUGCGGCUUCUUUAGUCCUUUACGCAAUUGCGAAAAUGAAAUUCCUAUGGCGGAAAAAUACAAGCACUGGGAGUCUCAGUACGCAUUGUACCAAAGCCAGGCCAUGCAGCAGGAGAACCUGAGAAGUAUAUCGCGAUCGCAAAUUGAGGAUGCCAGGAUUGAAGGAAACGGUAGUCGAAUUGGAAAUGACCUCAUCAACCUGAGCUUCAACUUUCUACAAAACCAUAGCAUCCCCACAUCGGCGCCCAUAAAUCCAUCUUUCUGGACUCUAGUGGAGAACAGUACAGAGCUUUCCAUGCUCCUAAAUCCUUCGUUCGACACUAUAUUAGGGAACAGUGGAAGACUCGAACAACAACGACGUUGGAUACUCUUUGCCAAAUUGAUGUUGGGUAUGUAGGCUUGAGGUGGAUUGUGGAAAGGAGUUCUUUAUAAAACAUUCUUGAAAGGCCUGCUACGAGAUCUGAGACAAAAGCAAGAUACCGAAAAAGUUCCCCGACACUCGAACUGGAGCCGUCAAGUGGAAGUAAUAGUUGGGAAUCGCCCGUUGUCCAUCCACCUCGAUUACGCCCUGGGCAGUCGGUAUUGGUAUGAAUUCCAUCAUCCAACCUGGUUCUAAGGGGAGGGCCGUAGGAUUUUCGAAAUGGAUAGCGGUGACGCGGGUUUGUAACGGUUUCGCAUGGCCAUCUGGGAGUUGGCUCUAGAGGAGAGAUGAGGUUAGCAGGCAAGGCAAAUAGAACCACCUGGAUCUCGCAGCCCCGGAUGCGGAAAGGUAAAACAGAUUGCCUCGUCAUCAUUAAUCGCAAAUAGCACGUACUUUGAUUUCUUGUGUGAAGAGCU